AUGGGGGAUACAGUUGUACACAUAACUAUAUAUGUGCUAAAUGAGAAGGCAAAAUCAGAGCGUGAAAAGUACAAAGAAGGCUACUGUGUUGAUGAUAAUGACAAAUCUAUACUAUUCUCACCUAUUAUUUUUCCUGAGUGUGUUGGCGACUGGGCUGUCAGGGAUGAAACUAUAAUAGAGGUUCUUUCAAACCUGCUAUGCAGUAGACUCGAGGAUUUCACCCAAACAUUUUGUGUUCUGCCGGAUGUUGUGGCUAAAGUAAAUGCAAUAAUAAAAUACAUAGAAAAUCAUCUAGACAUUUACGGAGGUGUUGGUGUUGUAUAUAAUGAGUGUCCCUAA